AUGUAUUUUAUUUUUUUUCAUCAGUAUAUCAUUCGUGAUGCUCGCUGGGAUCCUGUCGAAAAGCUGGCUAAGGCAACAGUUCCAUCACUGUCGUCGAUGAUCAACGAAUUCGUGACGCUCGAAAUUAUGCUCGAAAAGAGGAAUAUUGUCAAUUACUUGAACAGAAAAUAUUCAGGACCGUUCAAGUUAAGAAGAAUUCGUGACUUCGAAUUGAGAGGUGCUUUUACUGCUGCCGGUGGUAUUGCAGAUGGACAAACACCUUCUACUGGAAACCUGGUCAGUACAAAGGUCUCCUUAUUAAAUUACGAGAUCCUGAUGGUUCAAUUUCCUACUCUACAAGUGCUCGUCAACGAAUUACUUUUUUUGGCUAUAGUUAAAUCACAUUCUGAAACGAAGGUUAAGAAGGAAUGUUCAGGUGCCCAUGGAUCAUCGAGCGGAAUACCCUCAUCUGUAUCGAAUUUCCCAACAAAUUCAGCAGAAACAGGAAAGACAUCAGAUUCCACUAUGCUGCCAAGAAAGGAGAUCGAGAGAGAUCACACCCCUCCACCUGGAGAAGACACAAAUUUUUACGCCAAUAAGUACGAGUCGAGUUCUCAGUAUGGCGUAACAGUAUCGAAGUGCCAUAUGUACUGUGUGAAGUGCUUCGAUGCUUUGCCACCGGAAGGCAUUUCACCUUCUGAGAACCCAAACGACCAGUGA